UUUAAAAAAUUAACAAAUAUUGAUGAAAUAAGAGAAUGUCUACGACUAUUAGAUGAAGAAGAAAGACACAUUGAUAAAACACUUGAUGACAUGUUAGCGCAGGAAUAUAAACUAGAUCACUCAUUAAAUACAUUGAAUGUACUCAAACCUCAAUUGAAUGCACUUCAGAUUGAUUCUACCAAAAUUGUCGAGACACUUGAUAAAACCUCUCAACUUGCAGAAGUCAUCAGUGAUAAAGUGCGUCAGUUGGAUCAGGAGCAAUCAAGAGCGCGUCAAGCCAUCAAAUAUGUGGAGGAUGUGCAAGAAUUGAAAUAUUGUAUUGCUAAUCUUCAAGAGGCUAUGAAUGAAAAGAAAGAUUAUGAUGCAGCGGCAGUUUUGUUACAAAGGGCAUCGAAGAUUGAUCCCUCCAUCAUUAAUGGAUCCUUAGCUGAAUUUACGGUG